AUGCUCAGCAAGAGCUCUCUGUUGGUGCUCGCAUCACAGAUCUUCGGCGUGAUCAUCCACAGCCUCGCCAAGUCUCUGUCAACUACUGGCAAGGUAGAUCCUCAGCAGAUACUCCAGAUUCGCAUGUUCAUCACCUUGAGCUUCAACAUGCUUGUCCUCACCUAUCGGUACCCAGACGAACCUCCACUCGGUAGUAUUGAUAUCAAGCAUCUGCUUGCGCUACGAUCUCUUGGCGGAUUAUGCGGAUCGUUUGGAUACUACUAUUCUCUUCAAUAUCUCUCCCUCGCUGAUGCAACUGUUCUGAAUCUCUUGUCGCCCUUGAUAGGGGGCAUCGUCACAAGUCAGAAAUUCAGCAGUGUACGACUCGGGGCGGCAGUCGUAUGUUUGUUCGGAGUCGGACUUGUGGCCAAACCGGCCCUCAUUCUGGAUAUCCUUCAUUUCGGCAUAGAACAAGAGAGUCAGGUUCUCGGGCACAUCGCAAAAGAUAAAUCUACUGGGACCGGCAUAAUGUUUGCAGCGAUCGGGAUUUUCGGUGGAGUGGUCGUCGACGAAGUUGUCAAGCACCUUGGACGGCGAAGUACUAGUCGCGGGGCUCGCCAGAGCAGGAUGAAGCCGCCAAAUAGCGCAAACGGCCAACAGGGCCCUGGCAAUGGCGCGCCAAACGAGAUCGGCGGCGCAGCCAAUAUGUCCGGUCCAGCUCCAUCAUCGCAUUCGACAACGCCCAUGCCACCUGCGUCGCAAAUGUCCAGCUUUCCCGUAAAUAAUACCGGCGCAACGAGCGCUCCCAGUUUCCCCGAGUACUCUGCAUCCACAGCCGCGAUUCUCGAGAGGCUCCAGGGUAAGAGCGGCCAUGCUGCCGGAAGUGCUGCGUUUGAAGCGAAGAGGGCGGAGAUCCUACAGAGCUAUGUUACUAGCGAUAAGCUUCCGACACCUCCCCCGAUCAUGGGUCCUGGACGGAGAGGAAGAGGCGGGCGGGUUGGCACGCCGAGCGGACUGAAGACGGAAGUAGGCGCAUCACCUGCAGGCCCGCCCACAUCUGGUCGCGGAUCUGGCAGAGGACGUGGAAGGGGACGCGGAGGUCGUGGCGGCAGAGGCGGCAAGCGGAAGCGGUCCGAGAGUGAGGAAGAAAGUGAUAACGACGACUCCGACUCCAAUGUCUCUGACUCGUACACACCACUCCCUACUCGAACAAAGUCCGGUCGCAGUGUGAACAAGCCCGUCGCAUUCGUACCCAUCAUUCCAGAACCAGUGCAAGGCGUCAAGCGGAGGAAGUCGACCAAGACUCUGCUGGCAGCCAAGUGCAAGACUUGCCAGCGAGAAACCGACCCGUCCAACAACCGCAUAGUAUUCUGUGAUGCGUGUAGUACUGCCUAUCAUCAAUAUUGCCACAACCCGCCCAUCGACAAUGACGUUGUCACUGUGCUGGAGAAGGAGUGGUCAUGCGGACCCUGUACGCGGGCAAAGCAAACCGUAGUAGAAGGCUCACAGGACCUGGUCGCUGUUCAGAAUCUUUCCAUAGACGAGAAACGCGCCUACUUCUCUACCCUCCCCCAACACCAACUCAUCGACCUCCUCCUCACAGCCACAGUCCGACACCCAGAACUCCCCAUCUUCCCACCCAACGUACGGAGUCUGAUACCCAACGCCUCAACCAUCAAACCCGAACCACACCAACAAGCCCCCUCAGCACCCCAGCGGUACCCGCAGUACCAAGCACAACCCACAGGCUUCCACCCCAACGGCCAAACGCCGGCCGGCCACACCCCACAGUUCUCGUCGCACCCGCAUUCUGAGAUGGACCCUGCAGACGCGCAACUCCUCGGCGAGAGCAGCCAUCAGCCGUCGCGCACAACCAUCGACCUUGCUGGCAACCAGUACGACGAAGACGAUGGCUACGAUACGGAUCCGCCCGCACACUAUCCCAAAGCUGGAAACGGACUGGCGCGGACGCUGCGCCCGGAGAGCGAAGAUUUGAAUUGGCUGGUUGACGAUAACUUUGAGGUUUUCAGCCAUGGCUGGAAGGGCGAUGGCACGGGUAUGGGGGCAGAUGGCACGCUGGACGAGGGACAAAAGGUAGUCUAG